UCCAUCUAUCACGUCUUCCUUUAUUAUUUCCUUAUAAGCCCCCCAUAUCCCCUUCAUCAAUCAUCUUGAACAAUUAGCUAGUGACUUUCAGCAAGUAGAAAGAAAAAAGGAACCAAGUUUCCUUACUACACCUUCCACAUAAACAACCACAACAUUUUCUUAUGCUUCUCUUCUCACAACAGUGACUCUGUUGCACUGGAAUGAAUCUUCCUCACAGCACUUCAUAAUCACAAUCUUUGUUCCCUUCUCCAAUGUCAAUGCUAGAAAAUGCCACCUUGGCCAAAGCACCUGCAAAAUCCAAUCAGGAAUAUCAGUUUUCAGAAUAUCUACAUGCAAAAGUCUACUAGGUCGGCAUAGUAGCAAGAGUUUAGAUAAUUUGUGUGAGAUCUUAGGUUCAAAUUAUAUAUAUAUAUAUUUUCCAUGGGUCUUUUUCUUUGAAGAUAAUUUUGUUUUGAGUUACGGUUGAACACUAAAUGGGUACAUCUCUUUAAGGGGAAAUUCGAAUCUUGUUCAUCGUAAGACUAACCCCUUCUGCUGCAAGACAUAAUCCCCAUUUGUCAAACUCGGUGUUCUACAAAAGAAUAUCCAUCUGCCAAAAUGCGCAGCAUCAAUGGAAAGUUGAAGUACUCAUCAUAUUAUCCUCAAUCUCCAUUCUCAGCAUUCGAAGCUCCCAACGAUGGUAACAUUAGCAAUAACAAAGAAGCAACAACGCCAUCAUCUCUCAGCAGAAUCAGUCCACUCAUUUUACUGGUCAUAAUAGUUCUAGCAGUUAUCUUCUUCGUCUACGGACUCGUCCAUUUGAUUCUGUGGUUUUUCAUGAAGAGGCCAUUAUCACCUUCAUCUCUCUAUAGCUACUCCAACAGGUUCCACGAAAAUUCCACGCGCUCCCGUGUUCUCCAAAGGCAGCUUCAGCAACUCUUCCGCUUGCAUGAUUCGGGUCUCGACCAAGCCCUCAUAGACGCUCUACCCGUUUUCUAUUACCAAGAAUUGUUGGGGUCGAAGGAACCGUUCGACUGUGCCGUGUGUUUGUGCGAGUUCUCCAAGGAAGACAAGCUGAGGUUGCUUCCUAUGUGCACGCACGCCUUCCACAUGAACUGUCUUGACAUGUGGCUCCUCUCGAAUUCCACGUGUCCUCUUUGCAGGGCAUCUCUGUCCGAGUAUAUGGAGAAUCAGAAUCAGAAUCAGAAUUCAAUGCUUAAUGUUGGAAAUUCCAACUCUUUGGUUUUGCCCAGAGGUGAAGAAGAGAAUAAUGGGUGUUCAGAUAGUCAAAGAUCAGUGGGGAAAAGGGUGUUUUCUGUUAGACUUGGAAAAUUUAGAAACAGUGGAGUGGAGGGUGGAGAGGUGGGAGGGGAUGGUGGUUGUAGUUUGAAUGAGAGGAGAUGCUACUCUAUGGGUUCGUAUCGGUAUGUGGUUCGUGAUUUGAAUUUGCAAGUAGUGUUAUCUCAUGGUGAUGAUGUUUUGGAAAAUGGGAAUGUGGAGGGGAAGAGGAUAGGGGACUCAACCAAAGGUGAGAGCUUCUCUGUUUCCAAGAUAUGGCUUUGGUCCAAGAACACCACAUUUCAUGACUCUAAUGCACCUUUCCCUUGAUUAGUUCUUGCUCUAAGAAUUGCAUCAUAAGAGCUAAGCGUGUGUUUGGUUAAACAGCUUUUAUUUUUCGCGGUGCCGGCAAGGUAACUCUUUGUUGCUUCUGAUUUUUCAAUUAUUCAUUGUGAUUUUGGGAGCUGAAAUUGAUUGUGGUUGGUAUCCAAACACACACUAAGAACAAGGUUGAAACAUGUGAGGAAGCUAGAUUUUCUAUCAAGAAUUGCAUGGAAAUAUCAUAUACCAUUAUAUACUCAGGUUUAUGUUAGAUGAUACUAGUAUUUGGGCGGGAUUCUUUUUAUCUCUCUCCACUUAGUACUCGAAUUACAUUGAUCUAGGUUGAAAAGAAUGGUUCCAGCAUUUCAAGCUGUUGGGAGGAUUUUUAUUCUGGAUCAUUGAUAUGAGAAAGAAGUAUUGUAACAAAUUCUGAGUAAAAUUGUUCGAUAACAUUGUGCCAAGAAAAAAAAAAAAAAAAAAGAGUCCAGUAAUGAUAUUCUAAAAU